AUGUCGAGGGACCCCAACGUUAUUCGUAUCAAGCCCUACCACUACAUUCACGUUCUGGACAACAACACGAACGUGACUCGCGUGGAGGUGGGUCCUAACACAUACACCAGGCAGGAUGCCAAGAACCAGCCCGUCUUCGAUGGCCACCACAACGUCAAGGUGCGCUUCGGAGACGAGGAGAUUCGCUUCGAGCAGGAGCCCUUCCCGCUCUACCCGGGCGAGCUCCUGCGCGGCAAGGUGAGCGCGCUCCAGGUGGUGGGUCCCGAUGCCGCGCUUCGCCUGCGCGCGAUCCGCGAUUUCGAGGACAAGGUCGCCGGCGACGAGUGGCUCUUCCGUGGCCCGGCCACCUACAAGCCGCGCGUCGAGGUGCAGGUCGUCGAGAUCAUCCGCUCGACCAUCGUCAAGCCCAACACGGCGCUCAAGCUGCGCGCGCGCAAGGCCGCCGUCGACUCGGCCGGCACCAAGCGUGAGGCCGGCGAGGAGUGGCUCGUGCGCACCGUGGGCGCCUACCUGCCCGGCGUCGACGAGGAGAUCGUCCAGACCGUGCCCGCCAAAGUGCUGACCGACAAGAAGGCGCUGCACCUGCGCGCCACCAAGACCUUCACCGACGUGUACGGCACCAAGCGCAAGGCCGGCGAGGAGUGGCUCGUGACGCUCGACGACGCCGAGACCCACCUGCCCGACGUGUACGAGGAGGUCGUGGGCGAGGUGCGCAUCACCACGCUGUCCAACCGUCAGUACACGGUCGUGCUCGACCCGCUCGACAAGAACGGCCACCCGCAGCUGGGCCUCAAGCACCUGCGCGUCGGCCCGGCCUCCUUCUUCCUCCGCCCCGGAGAGAGGCUCGAGGCCGGCAUCCAGAACAUCUACGUUCUCGCCGCCGAGGAGGCGCUGCUCCUGCGCUCGCGCGAGGCCUACCAGGACGGUGCCCUGGCGCGCAAGCCCGGCGACCGCUGGAUGAUCGUCGGCCCGUGCGACUACGUGCCGCCGAUCGAGGUGGACGUGCUCGAGACCCGCCGCUCGAUCCCGCUCGACGAGAACGAGGGCAUCUACGUGCGCGACCUCAACACCGGUAAGGUGCGCGCCGUCAUCGGCGAGUCCUACAUGCUCAAGGCCGACGAGGAGCUCUGGGAGAAGCAGCUGCCCCAGGUCGUCGAGGACCUGCUCUCGCGCGAGCGCACCUCGGGCGAGGUCCGCUCGGCCACCUGGUCCAACGCCCGCGGUGGCGUCCAGCCCGCCGUGUCCGCCCGCGACAAGACCCGUCUCGUCACCUACCGCGCGCCCCACGGUGCCGCCGUGCAGAUUUAUGACUACAAGGAGAAGAAGGCCCGCAUCGUGUUCGGCCCCGAGCUCGUCACGCUCGGCCCCGAGGAGCAGUUCACCGUGGCCGACCUGUCGGGCGACGUGCCCAAGCGCCCCAACGUGAUCAAGUCGCUCGCGCUCCAGCUCGGCCCCGACUACAUGACCGAUAUCGUCACCGUCGAGACCGCCGACCACGCGCGUCUCUCGCUCAAGCUCUCCUACAACUGGCACUUUGAGGUCGACAAGGCCAACCCGCAGUCGGCCGCCUCGAUCUUCCGCGUGCCCGACUUUGUCGGCGACGGCUGCAAGGCCAUCGCCUCGCGCGUGCGUGGCGCCGUCGCGCAGGCCUCGUUCGACGACUUCCACAAGAUGUCGUCGGACGUCAUCCGCGCCGCCGUCAGGAACAGGUUCUUCUUCUCGGCCAACCACCUGGUGAUCACCAACAUCGAUAUCCAGUCGGUCGAGCCCGUCGACCAGCGCACCCGCGACUCGCUCCAGAAGUCGGUCCAGCUCGCCAUCGAGAUCACCACCAAGUCGCAGGAGGCCUCGGCCAAGCACGAGGCCGCGCGCCUCGAGCAGGAGGCCAAGGGUCGCCUCGAGCGCCAGAAGAUUAACGACGAGGCCGAGGCUGAGAAGGCCCGCAAGAGCCUGCUCCAGCUCCAGGCCCAGAGCGCCGCCGUCGAGUCCACCGGUCAGGCCACCGCCGAGGCCAAGGCCCGCGCCGAGGCCGCCCAGAUCGAGGGCGAGGCCGCCGUCACCAUGUCCAAGCUCAAGGCCCAGUCCACCAAGAUCAAGUCCGCCGACUCGAGCAGCUCAAGAAGAAGCAGUUCCAGGAGAUCGACCACCGCAAGGCCAUGGCCGAGCUCGAGGUCAACAAGGCCAGAGAGCUGGCUGCCAUCGAGUCCAAGAAGUUCUCGGAGAUCGUCGACGCCAUCGGUGCCGAGACCAUCAAGAAGAUCGCCCAGGCCGGCCCCGAGAUGCAGGCCAAGCUGCUCCAGGGCCUGGGCCUCAAGAGCCUCAUGA